AUGAUGGGGUGCUUCGCACGUCGCGCAUUCAGCACUUCUCAGUAUAUGGAGAAGGCAGCAUGUUCAUUGGUCAAGCCUGUACAUCAUUUGGUGAAAAUUGACAAGUCCAAGCUGUCCCCGCGGUUCCCAGAGCUGAAAUAUCCGAAGAGUGACAUUCGGUCGCCAGGCUUCCGGCCUCAGGAGACUCACCAGGACCGUGUGAGGGAGCAUUAUUUGAAUACGCUCCAGGAUGACCUGCUUUUGAUGAAUUACGAGCACAAUGCAGAGGUAAAGAAGGGGCUGAAACAGAGGGAGUGGGACGGAUCGUCACCGUUCCACGUUAACAGAGCCCCCCGGAAGCCCAAGGGCUCAGUGCGGCAGCACCCGGACAUCAAGCCAGUGAACUGGGAAAAUGUGCCUGAGAUUGAGUCUGUGGUGAUAAACUGCUAUGUGAACCAGGCGAAGGAGAACCCGUUCCUGGCGAUCGGGGCGGCGAUGCAGUUGCAGCAAAUAACCGGCCGCAAGCCCACGUCAUUAUACGCGAAGAAAGAUAUGCCUAGUUUCAAAGUGAGACGCGGAACACAUAUGGGCGCGAUGAUUGAGCUGAAAGGGCGCCCGAUGUCGCAGUUUUUAUCCACGCUGACGGAAAUCGUUCUACCGCGGAUCAGAGAGUACAAGGGCAUUUCCAACAAGUCUGGGAAUGGUUUCGGAGGGAUAUCGUUUGGAUUGACGAAGGACGAUGUCAAGUACUUCCCGGAGCUUGCUGCCAGUCCAGAUUUGUGGCCAAACACUUUCGGGAUGCACAUUAAUAUUAAUACGUCAGCACAAACCGAUAGCCGGGCCAGAACUUUGCUAAGCGGUUUUGGUUUACCGUUCCAUGGUCAUGAGCGCCUCUGA